CUGCAAACCUGGAACCGAGCUGAGCUGCAGCGCCACCCAGAGCGCCGAGCGCCGAGCGCCAUGUACGACCCAGAACGCCGCUGGAGCCUGUCGUUCGCCGGCUGCGGCUUCCUAGGCUUCUACCACAUUGGGGCCACGCUGUGUCUGAGUGAGCGCGCCCCGCACCUCCUCCGCGAUGCACACACGUUCUUCGGCUGCUCGGCUGGUGCACUGCACGCGGUCACCUUCGUAUGCAGUCUCCCUCUCGAUCAGAUCAUGAAGAUCCUCAUGGACCUUGUGCGGAAAGCCAGGAGCCGCAACAUUGGCUCCCUCCAUCCGUUCUUCAACCUUAACAAGUGCAUCCGAGAUGGGCUCCAGGAGACCCUCCCAGACAAUGUCCACCAGGUCAUUUCCGGCCGAGUUUACAUCUCGCUCACCAGGGUGUCGGAUGGGGAGAACGUGCUGGUGUCUGAUUUCCAUUCCAAAGAUGAAGUGGUGGACGCCCUGGUGUGUUCCUGCUUCAUUCCUUUCUUCUCUGGCCUAAUCCCUCCUUCUUUCAGAGGUGAGCGGUACGUGGAUGGAGGAGUGAGUGACAAUGUCCCCCUGCUGGAUGCCAAAACCACCAUCACAGUGUCCCCUUUCUAUGGCGAGCAUGACAUUUGCCCCAAAGUCAAGUCCACCAACUUCUUCCAGGUGAAUGUCACCAACCUCAGUCUCCGCCUCUGUACCAGGAACCUCUACCUUCUGACCAGAGCGCUCUUUCCACCAGAUGUGAAGGUAAUGGGAGAGCUGUGCUUUCAAGGGUACCUGGACGCCUUCCGGUUCCUGACAGAGAACGGCAUCUGUAAUGGGCCACAGCCCAACCUGAGUCUGUCCUCAGAGGAGAUGGAACCAGAAGCCACGCCUCUCUGUCUGGAAAACAGCAGUCUUAUAGGGGACAAGCUACCAGCCAGCCUGUGCCUUACAGCUGUGCCCUGGGAUGAAAGCAUCCAGAAGACCCUGUCCCCCAAGCUCAGCACAGUUCUGAGUGAAGCCAUUAAGGACAGGGAUGGCUACCUGAGCAAAGUCUGCAACCUCCUGCCCAUCAGGAUCAUGUCGUACAUCAUGCUGCCCUGCACUCUGCCCGUGGAGCUGGCCAUCGCUGCGGUCCACAGGUUGGUGAUAUGGCUCCCUGACAUCCCUGAUGAUAUCCAAUGGCUACAGUGGGCAACAUCCCAAGUUUAUGCCCGAAUGACAAUGUGUCUGCUCCCCUCUACCAGAUCCCGAGCACACAAGAGUGACCACCAAGCACCCAAGAGUGAACAUCACUCGUUGCUACACAAACCCCAGUGUGGUGCUGCUGGCUUGUAAACUGCUGGUCUCCCUGCUUCCUGUGAACUUGGACAUGAUCCAUGUGGAUGGUCCAGUGGGGGCCAAAGCUGAGGCUACCCUGCCUUCCGC